AUGACGUCGGAUAUGACCGACGAAGCCCGGGCUCAGGCUCGCACCCGCGCCCUCACACUCACCCUCCUCUCGCACAGGAUGUCGGAGGGCAGCUCAUCUCAAACCACGUCGCAAGCGCGUCAAUCAGACACCCCACGUUCCCUCUUCGACCAUGAUUCCUCCAACUUUCUCCUCUCCCCGGCCCUGUCGGUAACCACGGUCAACUCGAGACCCGUGUCUACCAUUUCGUGUCUCCCGUCGCCGACCUUUCGCGAUUCCGUCAUCUCCAUCCUCGACGAUCCUUUCUUCCAGAAGCUGCGUGACGUCGGCGCGCACCACUCGGACCACCACUACGACGAGGAGGACGACGCAGACGCAGCAGGCCGAAUCGGAAUAGAGCAGACGAUUUCCGGCAACGCUGCCGCCGACAAGCUUGCCGUCUCGGAUGAGGAGGCCCCGCCGCUCUGGAACCAGCAGCAGCACCAGCACGAGCACGAGCACCAGUACCAACAGUACGAACAGCACGCGCCACAGCAAGGGGUCGGAAUUGGAACUUGUAACAGUGGUGAGGUCCACCUGCUUCGAAACGCCAACUCUAUCCUCGACGCACUCGACCUCGUUGUCGACCACCAGAGCAGCGACGAAGAGGACUUCGACGACGAGCAGCCCGUAACCAAACUGUCGCUUCCUCACCUUGCACACGGACACGGACACCAUCGCCCGCACCCUCACGCCCCUGAUGCGAAUGUUCCGGAUCAACCAUACAAGCGGCCGCCGCCUCGUCGAGAGUCUAUGACCAUCGGGGUUUUCCAAUCUGCCACAAUCGCAGGUCCACUUCGGAGCCACCCGACCUCGUAUACCAAUCCCAACCUCCAUUCUAAUACCAAUACCGAUCCAAAUCCCGCCAUGGAAGCCCUCAACAUAGCCAUCAUCGGCGCCCGCGGCGUUGGCAAGUCGUCCUUCGUCCAGCGCGUCCUCGGCCUGUCGCGCCCGCCCAUCUCUAACUCGUCGAAUCUCCGCAUGAUCAUCGAUAACCAAAACUACGCCGUGACCCUCCUCGAGCUCGACCUGGAACACUUUGACAUGGCACCUUCGCAGCCCAUACAGUGGCCCAAGCAGAUGAACGGGCACAUCUUGCCGCGAGUCGAUGGAGCCUUGAUCUUGUACGAUGUUACGAAUAAGGAGACGAUAAUGGAUUUGCCGAGGACGUUGGCGAUUGGCCUAAGCUGGAAUGGGAGGGGUGGUGAACACCCCCGGACUCGCGCCCGCACACCCGCCCCAUGGAUCAUUCAUGCUCCACCUGAACGUUUGGCUUUGUUGCAGAUCACUAAUAUUAGAAUUUGCCUGCCCGCUGCUAUAGCUGCCCUUACAAACUCGGGGCUGCCGUCCAUUCUCGUCGCGUGCAAAUGUGAUGCGUCAGAGAAUGCAAGGCAGGUCGACGCCGACGGCAUGGCCAAUCACGAUCUUUUCAAGGCUUGUGUGGCCAACUACAACAUCUCCUCUAAUAAACCUGAACAUUCUCGUGCAUGCCUCAACACUAUUCUCCGCACAGUAAUCUCAAAUCGCAAGGGAGCAAUCGCCGAGGCUGCAACAUCACGUCGCCGCGCAGCAUCAGUCGCCCAGCUCGACGCAUCCUUCGAUCCUACCGGCGGUAGACCGCAUAGCCAACAGAGCAAGCACAGCCGCGCCAGCUCCGACCUGUCGCUCUUGCGUGGCUUCCCGAACCCUCCGAUAUCCGGCGAGCACUACCGCGGCGGCCACAACCAGGGGUCAUCGCGCCACAGUCCGCGACUCGAUUACUCCCCCUCGACGACGCCCUCGGGCACAUUCGGGGGCGAGCCUGUGGAUGGGGCGUCGCAGAGCGUGUCGAGCCAAUUACGUACCCCGGGCAUCAGGCUGGACCUGGCUGUCCACAAUUCCUUUUUAGACAUGGACGAGUCCGACGGCGAAUCGUAUCGAUAUUCCGACGACAUACCCAUCCUGCAGCGCAACGAGGAUGGCCUCCUCCAGGAGAAGCCCGCCAAGAUACCGGGCGUCAGCUUCGACGAGCUCGUGGACAGGCUGGUGGCACAGCGCAUGACCAAGGCCGACCACAGCUUUUCCGACAUAUUCCUGUGUCUGUACCGGCAGUUCGCACCGCCGUCGCGACUGUUCUCGGCAAUCCUCGACCGGCUGGACCGCGUGAGGGACGAUAGAACGUCGCAUUACCUGACCAAGACGGCGACGCAGCUGAGGAUGAUCGAGGUGGUGGCCAAGUGGGUCUCGCUGUACCCUGGAGAUUUCGCGCGGCCGUCGACGAAGCGGAAUCUACAGGAGUUUGUGAAACAUCUGUCGACGGAGCCUAUCUUCUUUACGUCUGCGCAGCAGAUUCGGCGCUAUCUCGAACGUAAUGUAGUGGAGGACGACGAUACGUGGUGGGCGAAAUGCGAUCCGGUUGAAGAUCCCGCGAGUACUGCCGGGAAGGAGUCUUCGGCAUCGCCUUCUUCCAACUCGUCCUCCUCGUCCUCAUUGAUGCAGGAGUCGUUUAGCGGCAUUAGCAGUUUACGGCUCGACGACGACCCCAUGGAUAGCGGGGGCGGCGAUCGCCGAGGAUCCAGCGCCGUCUCGGGAGGCGGCUUCGGCCUCGACGGAUCGGCCGUCAGCAACUUCGCUGGCCACAGCCAGAUCCACCAGUACGAAGAGUACGAGCGACAAGCGUCGCGGCUCGAACCCUCGGAUGGCCACCUGCCGAUGAACAAGGCGCGGUACCACAGCUUCAUGGCGAUCCCGGACGAGGACGUGGCGGAGGAAAUGACGCGCAUCGACUGGAUCAUGUUCUCGUCGAUCCGCAUCCGCGACUUCGUGCGCCACGUGGCCCUCUCUUCGGAGGAGAAAGCGAGAUGCCGCAGCCUCAAGAGCGUCAACCGCAUGAUCAACCACUUCAACCACGUGGCGAAAUGGGUCGCCAACAUGAUCCUCCUGCGCGAGAAACCCAAGCACCGUGCGCAGAUGCUCGAGAAGUUCAUGAACGUCGCCAUGCGGCUCCGCCAGCUCAACAACUACAACGGCUUAGCCGCCGUCCUAGCUGGCAUCAACGGCACGGCCAUCCACCGCCUAGCCCAGACCCGCGCCCUGAUCCCCGCCGAUGUGCAGAAGAACUUCGCGCGUCUCGUCAUCCUCAUGGGCACGCAGAAGAGCCAUUUCGCAUACCGGCUCGCGUGGGAGAAUUCCCCCCUGCCCCGGAUUCCCUUCAUCCCCCUGCACCGGAGGGAUCUAGUCUCGGCCGAGGAAGGGAGCAAGACGCUGGUGGGGCCCAAGGGCGAUCGGAUCAAUUGGAAGAAGUUUGAGGUUUUGGGGGAGGUGUUGCUGCCGAUUAUGAAGAGUCAGGGGACGGCGUAUGGGAAGUUGGGGAAGCAUGUUAGUGCGAGAGAGUUGAUUUUGGAUUGUAGGAUGCCGACGGAUGAGGAGGAGAUUUACCAGAGGAGUAUCCAGGUCGAGCCUCCAACUGGGGGACCUUCGGAGACGGGGAAGAAGAAGUUUCCCUGGUUCGCGAAGUAA